ACCGCCGCCGCCGCGGCCGCCGCCGGGGGCUCCGUUCGGCCCGGGCAGCGGCGGCUGCAGCCCCCCUGGCCCCGCGCCGCUACGGCGGGCGCCGGCAUACAAUGCGGGAGUAGGCGCGGCGCGGGAGGGCCGGCGGCGUGGGGGAGGCACCGCCGGCAACUCGACGCGGGGGGAGCCCGAGCUCCGGGCGUGGGGGCGGGGAGCGGCGGCGCAGGAGAGCGCCCCGAGUCCCGGCGCGGGAGGAGGAGCGGGAGCGAGCCCGGGAGACGGCGCUCCUGGCCGCACCUGCACCCGGCGGGCGGCCGGCCCUGCCCUGCCCUUGCCCGCAGCUUCGGCCCCGCACCGGGACACAUGGAAGCCACCCAUCCACUAGCCAAGGAUCAGCUGAGCCCUGGGGCUGAUGCUUGCCCACGCUGCUGAGAAUGGCACGGAGGCCCAGCCAGGCAGCAGGAGAAAGGUUAACCUGGGACACUCCUGGACAGUGAUCCUGAUGUCUGUUCUGAGUUGUGCACUCAAGGGUGUGAUAAGAGAAAGAGGCCAAUGUCCAGUGAGCUACUGGUUCUUCCUGAUGCAGGCCUUCCCAGGUCUCUGAUCUCAGUGCUGAGCAAGGAGCCAGGACGUCCAGUUUCUCCUUUUUGUCUCACAUGGACUAGGCAUGUUCUUCUGGCAAAACCCCACAGAUGCAGCCUGACCUGGCCUAGCAGCCAGCCCCACUCGGCGCCAUGGCAUCUGCCGAGCCCCUGACGGCGCUGUCCCGCUGGUACCUGUAUGCCAUCCACGGCUACUUCUGCGAGGUGAUGUUCACGGCGGCCUGGGAGUUCGUGGUGAACUUUAACUGGAAGUUCCCUGGGGUUACGAGCGUGUGGGCUCUCUUCAUCUACGGCACCUCCAUCCUCAUCGUGGAGCGCAUGUACCUGCGCCUGCGCGGCCGCUGCCCACUGCUGGUGCGCUGCCUCAUCUACACGCUCUGGACCUACCUGUGGGAGUUCACCACCGGCUUCAUCCUGCGCCAGUUCAACGCCUGUCCCUGGGACUAUUCCCAGUUCGACUUUGACUUCAUGGGCCUCAUCACCCUGGAGUACGCCGUGCCCUGGUUCUGCGGGUCCCUCAUCAUGGAGCAGUUCAUCAUCCGCAACACCCUCCGCCUCCGCUUUGACAAGGACGCUGAGCCCGGGGAGCCCAGUGGCCCCCUGGCGAUGGCCAACGGCCACGUCAAGACAGACUGAAUGGGACUGGUGGGUGGGGCCCGGGGCUCUCUCAUGGACCCGGUGGACAGAGGUACCAAGCUGGUGGGGUUACGUCUUCUGAACAGCACAAGCCCUGGCCCGGGUCUGGCCUCAGCCCCUUAGGGCACACACCCUCGCCGUCCACCGGGGGCGGGACCGGGGGUGGGUCCAGGUGUGGGGGGCGGGUGUCGAGGUAGCCCGGGGAAUCUGGGAAGGGUCUGUGGAUCCCUGCCCAGCUCAGAGGCUGGCGGCCAGAGGCCUAUGGCUAAGCAGCGACUUGACCACCUGGGUGACUUUGGAAGCAGCAGGCCCUGUCCUGGCUAAGGGACUCUGAGAAUGGGGCAGAAGAUGAGAAGCCUGAGGAGGCCUGAGGAGGCUUUGGGCUGCUGCGAGGCCUCCUCUCUCCUCUCACGUGGUUUAAGUUGGGCUUUGGCUGGUUCCAUUAGGCAAUAUUCAGGUGCUUGCUUGCAACCAAUACCUCCCCGGGGGCCUGCUGAGCUGCAGCCUAAGGACAGACUGGGCGGCCAGGGGGCUGCUUGGCAGUAGUGCUGGUCUGCCAGGGCUGGAGGCCUUCCCUUGGCUCCUCUCCCCUCCCCCAGGGCUCCGACGCUCCCUUGGCCUUCUGGGGACCCCCCCACCCUGGUGCUGGAUUCCCACCAACCUUGGGCUUUUGGAGGUUUCAAUCCCUGUGUGUUCGGUGGCGUUUCCCCCCUUUCUCUUUUAUUUUCAAGGCUUUUACCACUAGCAGCCCCUUUAUCCAUGUCUGUCAUCCCCACCGGCCCCCCUCCCCAACUCCCUGAUCAACACAGCAGCUGCCAGAGAUAGAACCCUGAGACAGACCCUGCCCACCCUGUUGCUGCCUUCCCUCCACUAUUUCUGCUGGCCUGAUGACUGGGAAGUUCCCCUUUUACACCUCCCCACCUGUCUGGUGGGCUGUGGCAAUGCCCCGGUGCUCUUCUCUGUGCCCCCUCCCCUCAGUGGCCCAGCAAAAAUUGAAUGAUAUGCCCUCCCCCAACACACAGGCCAAGAUGGGCCACCCCAGAUCCACAAUGGGGACCUAGAGACAAAUCAGUUUAGGGGAGGAGGGUUGUGAUAAAGGCAUCUGGUUUCUUUUCAAGCCAGUCAGGGGGAAUCGAGCUUUCUAGGGGAUGGAGGAGCAGGAAUCCGGUGUCGGGAGACCCAUGGAGAAUAAGUGAGGGAAAAAAAGAAGACAGCCUUUCAGCUUUGAGAGGGUCUUUGGAGCAUCCUUAGUGGGAGGGGGUCAGUUGGUUCUGCCGUAGCCCCAGCCCUGCAGCAAAAUCUGGUCAGCGCUACCCCCUUCCCACCCCUCCCAGCAAGCUGACCCUUUGAGCUUACUCCUUAAGCAGUAUUAGCCCUGCCAUGCUCAUGGGCUUUGUCAUCUUGGUUGCCAGCCCCCCCCCUCCUCUGUGACAGGUCCAUUGCUGGCAGUGGACAGGUGAAGUCCUCACUCCAGCCCACUUCUGGCUCUGUCCCCACUCCCUGAAGGGAGAGGUCCAUCAGAAUGCAGCCAAUGCUGUGGCAUGUGGUCUCUUGACGCACUAGGAGUCUUAGAUAGAAAUUUGCCUUUCCCUUUUUAUGGAUCAUUAUAAAACUAUAAUACUGCCUGUGGAGAGAAUCUGCUCUUCCUUGCUGUGCUGCUCUACCUAGACUGUGCAGACAGCACUAGUCAGGGUGUGAGCCAGGGCUGGUGGGCUGGGGAUGGGCAGGAGUGGUAUCCCAGAUGGGGAGAAAGGCUGGUUGUUUUCUGCGGUUAACCCUGUCCAGGACAGGAUGAAGGGCACCUUCCAGCCUCUGUGUCCCUGCCAGGCUCCUCAAAUCCAGGCAUGAACUACAUUCUGCAAGGGCCAGACCUACCUUUGAUUUUGCUGUGGCCCCAAUUCCAGGGCUUUGGGGCAUCCAGAGAUUCAGGUUUCUAUCUACAGGUGGAAGGGAUUCUAAAGGGAAAAUAUCAUCUGGCUUCCCUGUUCCCUCUGGGAAAUUAUUUCCUUGGCCUUCUCCCUUAAUUCUGUGAUAUCCCAGUUUUCUGGACCCCAACACCCUUCCAGGCCCCCCAUGUGGGCCCUUAGACCACACCACCCACCUUUGCCCUCCCCUGCCACGACCGAAUCUGUGGUCAGCUUGUUGAUGUCUGCCAGCAUAGGGCCUCCAUGAUUCUCAGUCAGAGCAAGCCCUUGGAUGGCCCACUGGGUCUGUCCACUCCAGAUGUUGCCUCAUGGGCAUUCCCUGGCACCAUCUUUUCUCUGGGCCCUACAAACUCCCAAGUACAGGAGGCCCCACAGUAAACCUGCCUGCCUGACAUGUACAGAGCACUGUUUUUCUGCUUCAUCCAGGUGCCCUGUGGCUCUUAUUGUCCCUCAUAGGGCACAGAGUCCCCAGCAAAGGCAGGCAAUGAUCCAGGGCAUGAGUUCAGGGUCUGAAGGCUCAGAAAUCACCAGGAGUAGCUCUGAUUUCAACUCUUGCUUUUUUUUUUUUUUUUUGGUAUCUUCAGGGCCCUAAUCCCUUAGUGCCCAGGCACCCCAGCUCUGUCAGUGGGGGUGCUGGCAGGAAGAGUCUGCUUGCUGUUUGUGAACCUCUGGUGUCCUGGGUCUCUCUCCACUGGACAUGGCAGCAUUUCUGAGUUAUAGAUCGCCAUGUGCUGCCCUGCAUGGUUGAACCGCUUCUGAUGUCUGCUAGGCAUCCUGUCCCUUAUGCCCUGUCCCCUCUGAUGCCAGUGAGUCACAAUGGCCUAUGCUUAUUUACAGCAAUAAUACAUAGGGAGUGCCCAUGAAAUCCUCUUGUCCUAGUCCCUUACUCUCUGCAUGGGUCUCCUUAGGGAGGCAGCACUGAAUGGGUCAGUUCCUGAGAACCUAUAUUUAUGAAGCUCUGGGCUGUGCAGACAUCAUCACAGGGAAUUCAGAAAGGAAAGAGGUCCAGCCCUUGAGCUAUGGUGAAGGCAGGGAGAGUACCUUCCACCCUGAAGCCACCCCAGACAUGGAGGAGCUGCAGGUCCCGGCUCUCCCACCUUCGAAGUGGGUGGGACUGUCUCCCAACUGCGGCAGCUCUUCAGAAGGACACACGACUGGUUUGUGCGCCCAUUGCCUGCUCUGUCUUCAUUGGUCUCUUUGUCUCUUCCUUUUCACAUUUGUGCACAUCAAAUAUACUGGUGUUUGUGUUCCAGAA